ACAUGGCAAUCACAUAAAUGUGGGAUAGAGGAAUGGGACACCCAAAGUGGGAUAGAGGAUCCAGCCCCCUCCCCGAGCUCUCAUUGUCUAAGGAAUGGGAGGCAUCGGCAGCGACACGACAUCGUUUCCUCUCCCGCCGGGCUGCCGGUUCUACCCCUCCGAUGAACAGAUCCUCUGCUACUACCUCUCCGAGAAGAACGGCCGCAAUCGCAGCGAUGGCAUUAACGUAAUUAAGGAGAUCAACCUGUACAAUUUCGACCCUUUCGACUUACCGGACUCUUCCUGCUUCCGGUUCGGACGCGGCGGGAUACGGCGGCACUGGAUCUGCUUCGUGGCUAGGGUUUUGAAGGACAGAAGAACCAGGCGGGCUGGGGGCGGGUAUUGGAAGAGGAAAGGGAGGAUUAGGGCUGUCCUUGAUAAGGAUGCAGGGAAAGUUGUUCUUGGGAUGCGCAAAUGUUUCGUUUUUUAUUUGGGAGAAUCUCUUAAGGGUGCUAUAAGGACUGAUUGGUUUAUGUAUGAAUACGCCCUGCCUAAUGCGGUACCUUCUUAUCAGCGGAUUUGCUUUGAUAUCCAUUAUUGUUCUAGUAAAUUGAUGGACCAACUCUGUCUGGCUGCUUUUGUCUUGUGCCGGAUUUUUGUGAAAUCACCUCAUGGAAUUAAUGGGUCAGAAAAUGUGUUGAGUUCCUGUGCUGAAGAAAGUUUUGCAACAGUUCGUCACAUUGGUAUUCAAUUUAACGGAAUAACGAAUUCAGCUACUGAAGAAACACUGCAGGAUGGGAAGAAAGAGACUUUGAAUUCCCCGGUGGAAACAGUCAGCACGUUAGAGAAUCCUGUUAGUGAACCUUAUGAUGACUGGCAGAUGAGAUCAACUUGUCAUUUUAGUAGUGGUGCUACAUAUUUUGAAGCCUUUUCUCCAAAUGAAGUAUUAGGCAAUCUGGAAGGAGAUUUUCUGGAGCUGAAUGACCUUCUUUGCCCGCUUUCGGGCAUUGACUAAUUCUGAUACAAGGAUUUUUAAGAAGCACAAUUGGGUGCCAGAAUCUUUCCCAUUUAAGAGAGAGAUGGAUCAUCGCUAAUCAGUGAUAUAAAAGAAAUCAAUGUUCACUACUGGG